UCUCAUUACCACACACACUCAGAGAAAGAGUUUAAAGGGAUGAACGCCAGCCGAGGACAUGAGGAUUAAUCUUUACACGCUCACCACCAUCUAGAAGAACAUUUACACCACAACCAGAACCAGAACCAGAACCGGUCCACUGAUCUGUUGAACAGAGGAGCACCAUGGGCUGUGUGGGCUCUAAGAAGGAGUCGGAGCCUCUCAGCAAGGUGUCGGGGAGCGAGAACCAGCAGAACCGAGCUCAGACGGCCCACUACGUCAAAGACCCCACAGCAGGGAGCUCCGGGAACAAAGCUAGCAAGAUGCCGUCCAUCGGUAAGAAUGCAGACGGAGAGAGCAUCGCCAUGGCUCUGUACGACUACGAGGCCAUCCACGACGGAGACCUCGGCUUCAAGAAGGGAGACAAACUCAGAAUCCUAGAGGAGUCGGGGGAGUGGUGGAGGGCGAUGCUCAUCAGUUCUGGUCAGGAAGGAUUCAUCCCCAGUAACUAUGUGGCCAAAGACACUCUGGAGGCUGAAGAGUGGUUCUUUAAAGGCGUCAGCAGGAAAGAUGCUGAGAGACAGCUGCUGGCUCCUGGGAACAAGGUGGGCUCCUUCAUGAUCCGGGACAGUGAGACCACCCAGGGCAGCUACUCUCUGUCUGUGAGGGACGGCGACGCCCACUCCAGUGACACGGUGAAACAUUAUAAGAUCCGGAUGUUGGACAACGGAGGAUUCUACAUCUCUCCCAGGAACACCUUCAUCAACCUGCAGGAGCUGGUGGCACAUUACAAGAAGCAGGGAGACGGCCUCUGCCAGACCCUGACCCACCCCUGCCUCAGCCCCAAACCAGAGAAGCCCUGGGAGAAAGACGCCUGGGAGAUCCCCAGGUCCUCCCUCAAACUGGAGAAGAAGCUGGGAGCCGGCCAGUUCGGAGAAGUCUGGAUGGCGACGUACAAUAAACACACCAAGGUGGCGGUGAAGACCAUGAAGCCUGGCAGCAUGUCGGUGGAGGCCUUCAUGGGCGAAGCCAACCUGAUGAAGAGCCUCCAGCACGACAAACUGGUGCGCCUCAACGCCGUGGUCACCAUCGAGGAGCCCAUCUACAUCAUCACAGAGUUCAUGGAGAAAGGUUCUUUAUUAGACUUCUUAAAGAGUGAUGAAGGAAACCGUGUUCAGCUACCAAAGCUCAUCGACUUCUCUGCUCAGACGGCGGAGGGCAUGGCCUACAUCGAGCAGAGGAACUACAUCCACAGAGACCUGAGAGCUGCCAACAUCCUGGUCAACAAAGCUUUAGUCUGCAAGAUCGCUGACUUUGGCCUCGCUCGCAUCAUCGAAGACAACGAGUACACGGCCAGAGAAGGAGCCAAGUUCCCCAUCAAGUGGACGGCUCCGGAGGCCAUCAACUACGGAUCCUUCACCAUCAAAUCUGACGUCUGGUCCUUCGGCAUCCUGCUGACGGAGAUCAUCAGCUACGGACGCACGCCAUACCCAGGGAUGACCAACCCCGAGGUGAUCCGGUCUCUGGAGAAAGGGUACAGGAUGCAGCGUCUGGAGAGCUGCCCCACCGAACUCUAUGAGAUCAUGCUGGAGUGCUGGAAGAACAAGCCUGAGGAGCGCCCCACCUUCGACUACCUGCAGAGCGUCCUGGAGGACUUCUACACCGCCACAGAGAGCCAGUACCAGCAGCAGCCCUAG